GCCGCUUAACCCAGUAGGACCUUAAACCCUAGCAAUCGUACGAAAGCUUGACAAUGGCGGAGCAACAAGAGAUCGUCAAUACCGUGUCGGCUGAAGCGAACCCAGACCCGAAAGCAGUGAUGGAAGUCGAAGCCGCGGCUCCAAAAGCCGAUGAGACGUCUGACAAGCGUGGGAGAGAGCAGACGGAGGAAACAGAGGACGGAGGCGAAACGAAGAAGCAGAAGGUGGGAGAGGAAGAGAAGUCCAACGGUCCGGUGAAGCUGGGUCCGAAGGAGUUUGUUAGCUCUGUGGCGAUGUUCGACUACUUUACCAAGUUUAUGCACUUUUGGCCAACUGGUCUCGAUGUUAACAAGUAUGAGCAAAUGGUCUUGCUAGAUCUGAUCAAGAAGGGCCAUUCUGAGCCUGACAAGAAGAUUGGGGGAGGGAUCAAAGCCUUCCAAGUUAGAACCCACCCCAUGUGGAAAAGCCGGUGCUUCUUUCUUGUUAGGGAAGACGACUCCGCAGACGAUUUCAGCUUCAGGAAGUGCGUUGAUCAGAUCCUCCCCUUGCCUGAAAACAUGAAGGCUCCCGGAUCUACCGGCAAUGGACAUGGUGGGGGAGGUCGUGGUGGUGGUGGAAGAAGAGGCGGUCGUGGUGGUGGUAGAGGAGGGAGAUUCAGAAGAUGAAUUUGCUUGAUGACUCUUGUUGCCUUGCUAUAGAACGAAAUUUUGGAGCUUUCAUGUUGAGUUCUGUUGCUGAAAAACUUAUUAAGUUAUGGUCUUGUCGGAUGCUAAUGUUAUUUUAUUGGAGAAGAAUUGUCGGUUUAUAUAUCACA